AUGAGUUCGGAUGAUGAAAAAAGUGAUGGAGCAAAUGGCAUGUUCAUGCGAGCUGCUGAUAGGUACCCACGGACACCAAAAUGUGCCCGUUGUCGAAACCACGGUGUAGUAUCGGCGCUGAAGGGCCACAAGCGGUACUGCCGCUGGAGAGACUGUGUGUGCGCCAAAUGCACCCUAAUUGCAGAGAGACAACGCGUGAUGGCUGCACAGGUAGCGCUCCGGCGCCAACAAGCGCAAGAGGAAAAUGAAGCUCGUGAACUUGGGAUGUUGUAUGGACAAAGCGGACUGCUUCAGAUCAACCCCGAAACCGUCAACAUGUUUCCCGAGGCCAAGCAAUACUUAGACACCAGUAAGAUCAGAGAUGCACCUGAUGAUUAUCCUGCUUCAAAGAAACAGAAGCUUGAUGAUCACAGAGAGGAACUACAACCGGAAACAGUUAGACCUGACUCUCGAUCUUCAACACCAGAUGGCGCAGACAGUCCAAGGUCCCCCACUGAAUCCGCCGGGUCUCCUGAACCAUCCCCAAGGUCAUGUGACCCUCCCAGUCCAAGAAGUCCCGCUUCCAAAUCUGACUCUAAAUCUCCGUUUGAUGAGAGCACUCUCGCCCACUACGGCGGAAACAAACGUCAACCAAUAGAGAUGCUGUCACGUAUAUUUCCUCAUAUGAAGCGAAGCGUGCUUCAACUGAUUCUUCAGGGCUGUGGCGGUGACGUUGUGCAAUGUAUAGAGCAAAUUCUCAACAGUCAUGGCGACGCAAGCGGAAUGUCGUCACAUUUUCCCGGAAGUCCUCUAAUAACUCCUCAUGGUAUAUCUAAUCCACUCGGCUCCCCGUCUCUCAAGUCAGCAUUCUCUCCCAUCGCAUCGUCCAUAGCCAAUGCCCAUUCGUUAAACUCCAUUCGUAACGCUUGGGGUAGCAUGAGCCGAGGAUUGCUUGCUAUGCCUUAUCCACCGGCUUUUCCUGGACUAACACUGGGUAGUAAUUAUUCUGCCUACAAUGGACUUACAACAGACAGUACAUCCAAACCAUUCCCAUAUACAAUGUACCCAUGCUGUCCAACGAAACCCUUUACUGCUUCAACCAGCGACAAGUCUGGGUGCCUUGGUGAAUGAUUGGAAAUUGAUA